AUGCCAGUCGGGGUUUUUGUUAACGUUAAAAAGAAACCUGUCAUCAUGAACAGUUACGAUGGGCAGAUGGACUUGUCUGGCAAGUUAAUAAUCAAAGUUCAAUUGGGAGAUGAUAUGAAAUUUAUCCCCAUCCACAAUGUGGAUAUUACCUACGAUGAACUUGUGCUUAUGAUGCAACGUGUCUAUCGAGGUAAACUGGGUACCAAUGAUGACAUCAUAAUCAAAUACAAAGAUGAAGACGGAGACCUUAUCACUAUAUUUGACAGUUCAGAUCUUUCAUUUGCCAUUCAGUGCAGCAGGAUUUUGAAACUCACUCUUUUUGUAAACCGCACGACCAACAACUUAGACCAUGAUGAGGUUAAAUAUAUUCGCCAUGAACUCACCCACCUGAAUGAUCGUAUAAGUCAUUUGCUGGAAGAUCUGCAGCAUCCAGCAAUAGAAUCUGAACUUGUGGAUGAAGUCGUAGGCAACUCUUCCUUCUCUUUUUUCCUGUUUUGCUUUUCUUUUUCCUUUCUUUUUGUUUUCCCUUAUUUCCUUCUUCCUUUUUUUCCCUUCUUUCUCCUUUUUUCCUUUCUUUUCUUUUUUCCUUCAUUUUCUUCUUUUUCCUUUUUCUUUCGUUUUUUCUUUUUCCUUUUCCUUUUCUAUUUUCUUUUCCUUUUCCUUUUCUAUUUUUGCUUUUCUUUCUUUCUCUCUUUUUGCUUUUCCUUUCUUUCUCUCUUUGCUUUUCCUUUCUUUCUCUCUUUUUUCUUCUUUCUUUUUCUCUCUCUUUCUUCUUUCUUUCUUUCUUUUUCUCUCUCUCUUUCUUCUUUCUUUCUUUUUCUCUCUCUCUUUCUUCUUUCUUUCUUUUUCUCUCUCUCUUUCUUCUUUCUUUCUUUUUCUCUCUCUCUUUCUUCUUUCUUUCUUUUUCUCUCUCUCUUUUUUCUUUCUUUUUUUCUCUCUCUCUUUCUUCUUUCUUUCUUUUUCUCUCUCUCUUUCUUUCUUUCUUUCUUUUUCUCUCUCUCUUUCUUCUUUCUUUCUUUCUUUUUCUCUCUCUCUUUCUUCUUUCUUUCUUUCUUUUUCUCUCUCUCUUUCUUCUUUCUUUUCUUACUUCUUUCUUUCAAUCAGACUGAUGCAAGAGACUAA